AUGGGGACAGUGGAGUGCAUGUACGAAGACGUGCAAGGAGGGAAAACAAUCCAGAAAUUGCUGAGUGCAACUCGCCUACUCCUCAGUACGGUGGAAAAGCAUGUGAAGGAAAGGCAGUUGGAAUCCGUAUUUGCAACGCAAAUGUUCCAUGUCCAGUUGACGGUAAUUGGGGGCAGGAGUGCAUGGAACACAUGUACAAAGACGUGCAGACAGGGAAGACAAUCAAGAACACGGAAAUGCAACUCACCAGCUUCUCAAUAUGGUGGUAGAAAAUGCGACGGGCAUUCCGGCCAGACUCAAAUUUGCAAUCAAAAGGUCCCCUGUCCAGUUGACGGAAACUGGGGAGGAUGGAGUGAAUGGAGUACAUGCACAAAGACCUGUAAACAGGGAAAACAGUCAAGAACACGCAAAUGUAACUCACCAAUUCCUCAGUACGGUGGAAGGAAAUGCGAUGGACAGUCUAGCCAGACUCAGAUUUGCAACCAGAAAGUCCCCUGCCCUGUUGAUGGAAACUGGGGAAAAUGGAGUGAAUGGAGCAGUUGUACUAAAACAUGCAAGCAGGGGAAGCAGUCUAGGACACGUGUUUGCAACUCGCCAGCUCCUCAGUAUGGUGGAAAGAAAUGCGAUGGAGAAGGAAAGGAAACACAAGUGUGUAACGACAAAGUCCCAUGUCCAGUUGAUGGAAAUUGGGGUGAAUGGGGCGAGUGGAGCACUUGUACUAAAACUUGCAGACAGGGAAAGCAGUCCAGAUCUCGUGAGUGUAAUUCACCAGCUCCUAAAUAUGGUGGAAAGAAAUGCGCUGGAGAAGGAAUGGAGACCCAAGUGUGUAACGACAAAGUCCCCUGCCCAGUCGACGGAAACUGGGGAAAAUGGAGUGAAUGGAGCACUUGUACUAAGACAUGCAAGCAGGGGAAGCAGUCGAGAACACGUGAAUUUUGUAACGACAAAGUCCCAUGUCCAGUUGACGGAAACUGGGGAGGGUGGAGUGAAUGGAGCACAUGUACCAAAACAUGUAAGCAAGGAAAACAAUCCAGAACUCGUAAAUGUGAUAGCCCUGCUCCAAAGUAUGGAGGGAGAGAAUGUGAAGGAGAAGCUGAUGAAAAUCAGAUCUGCAACGACAAAGUCCCUUGCCCAGUUGAUGGAAACUGGGGACAAUGGGGCGCAUGGAACACGUGCAGCAAAACAUGCAAAGAAGGAAAACAGUCAAGAACCCGUGCUUGCGAUUCACCAAAACCUCAGUAUGGUGGAAAGAAAUGUGACGGCGAAUCUGGUCAAAUUCAAGUUUGCAAUAAGAAUAUUCCUUGCCCAGUGGAUGGAAACUGGGGCGAGUGGGGAGCCUGGACUACAUGUAGCAAGUCGUGUGGAGGAGGAGAACAUUCGAGGAAGCGUUUUUGCAACAGUCCUGCAGCUGCGCACGGUGGCAAGAAAUGUGAAGGGGCAUUUCGACAAAUACGGCCUUGCAAUCAGAACAACUGUCCAGUGGAUGGAAAUUGGAGUGCGUGGAGUGCAUGGAGCACGUGUAGUAAGAGUUGCAAACAAGGGGAGCAAUCGAGAACUCGUGAAUGCAAUUCACCCAAACCUCAGUAUGGUGGUAAAAAAUGCGAAGGCAGCGCUAGGGAGAAAACUGUUUGUAACAAGGACGUCCCUUGUCCAGUCGAUGGAAGCUGGGGCUCGUGGGCUCCUUGGAGUGCCUGCAGUGCCACGUGUGGGUAUGGAAGUCGAGAGAGAAAACGUGUUUGCGAUAAUCCAAAACCAGCCUACAAUGGAAAGUCAUGCGUAGGUAUUGGGCACCAAAAGUCGAGAUGCCACGCCUAUUAUCCUUGCCCUGUCGAUGGUAAUUGGACAAGUUGGGGAGCCUGGACGUCAUGCACCAAGACUUGUGGUCUGGGUUACAGAAAGAGAUCACGUUCAUGUGCAAAUCCUCCUCCACAGUAUGGAGGCUCUGGUUGUGUUGGGCUUAACGACCAGGUGGAACAUUGCAAGGACAAAUCUUGUAAGGGAUUUAAUGCGCUUUCGCCCAGACAACUGAUUCCAAGCAAAGGGCAGUACUUGAAUGAAGGUUUUAAAAACAGUGUACGUCUGAAGAAGUCAUGGAAAUCCAGUGCAUAUGAUAAAAUUGAAAUAAAAACUGUUCAUUCGUUAAUGACAGAACAAACAAAUGAUCAUGUUACAGUGAAGUAG